AUGUUGUCACGUUUCAUAAGUAAAUCUUCAGUAUCGACUGUACUCAACACGUCCAAAAGAUACUCAUCCAUUAUUUCAGUUCACAGAGAAACCAAAGAAGACAAUACCAAUAUACCAUUUGAAUUUACAUCUGAAAAUAAAAAAAGAGCUGAUGAAAUCAUUGCCAAAUACCCACCACAGUACAAAAAGGGAGCAACAAUGCCCCUUUUAGAUCUUGGCCAACGUCAAUUGGGUUUCACUUCUAUAGCAGUUAUGAAUUAUGUUGCAAAAUUACUCGAUAUGCCACCAAUGAGAGUCUACGAGGUGGCUACUUUCUACACCAUGUACAAUAGACACCCAAUGGGUAAAUACAAUGUCCAAGUAUGCACCACUACACCAUGUCAAUUAUGUGGUAGUGAUGGAAUAAUGGAUGCCAUAAAGGAUUAUCUUCAAAUCAAACCAGGUCAAACCACUGCCAAUGGAUUAUUUACUUUACAAGAAGUUGAAUGUUUGGGUGCUUGUGUUAAUGCACCAAUGAUUGCCAUCAAUGAUGAUUAUCAUGAAGAUUUGUCACCAGGUGGUGUGGUUGAUCUUUUGAAGAAAUUGGAAAAUGGUGAAGAAUUGAGUCAAAUUGGACCUGAAACUGGUAAAAGACAUUCAUGUGAACCUUUCAGUGGUCAAAAAGUAUUGUUGGGUAAAGAACCAAAUGAUAUAAGGAAGUUUACUAGAUCUGAUUUGUGA